GUGCAUUGGUCCAUAUCAUUCUGCCUUGCUCUGCUGACUCACUGACAUGGCUGCUCAUCUCAGAGUUCUUCUUUUCAUCACCGGGCUGACAGGAAUUUACAGCAUGACCACGGUCAGUGAAGUUUCAGUGACAACUGGAGCUUCUAUAGUUAUCCCAUGUCUUUAUGACUCACAGUACAUCAACAAUGUGAAAGCCUUGUGUAAAGGAUAUUACUGGACCUACUGUUCUUUUAAAGUUAAAACAAACCAGCAAAAUUCUGCAAAGUUUUCAAUCUCUGAUGACAAACGUCGAAGAAUCUUCACUGUGACUAUAAACCAUCUGACGACUGAGGACACUGAUUACUGGUGCGUUGUGGAGAUUGCUCGAGGGGGAUAUGUUAGAAAGUAUUUUCACCUGGCAGUCACCACAGGUAUACCCAGUCUAUAUGUGGCUCAACAGGAGAUGACAGGAUUUAUUGGAGACGACAUGACCAUCAGUUGUCACUACAGAAACUCUGGAGGCGUAAAUUGGUGCAAGCUGGGCGGCUCCUGUGUGACAAGUUCAUCUGGAUCAAUACAUGGAACAAAAGUGACUAUCAUCAGGAGAGUCCCCGGUGUUUUCACUGUAACUAUGAGUGGACUGAAGAUGGAGAGCAGCGGCUGGUAUUAUUGUGUUAAAGGAGACUUACAGAUGCCAGUGCAUGUAACUGUUACUGUGAAACCUACCACUGCAGCAGACAGUUUCUCCAGCUUAUCACCCACUCCUAAUCCCAUUUCUGGUACUGGUGAUGGCCCAAAUGGUACAAUUAAAAAUGGACAGAGCAGAGCUUCGUUUCUCCUAAAGAGCCUCCUGAUUCCUCUGGGUUUGUUGGUCCUCAUUGUCGUGGUGGCCUUGUUCAUCUGGUGUUUGCUGAAAAGACACAAACAGACCAAAGCCGAAUCAUCAGCCACAACAACGGCUGACGGGGAAGUUACAUACAGUACUGUUAAACACAAGAGAAAAGCUCCACGCCAGGCUGAAGAGGUUGCUGAAUACUGUAAUGUUGGCCUCAAGAAAAAGUCAUCAGGCCAGAUGUCAUAUCCUGCAAAUGAUGUGGACGUGAUGUACAGUUCUGUGGUUACCGUAAAGAAAAAAAAUGUAAAAAGGCAGGUUAAAGCAGAAGACAAGGAUGUCACAUACAGCACAUUGGGUUAGCACCACCACAGAAUGUAAAUGUUUGUCUUUUUUUGUCUCUAUUAGUGGAUUUUUAUUUUUUUUUGUAAAUAUUUUUUGUUUUAAACUAGCGUGUUGCAAGUUGUGUGCUUUGUCAUUUGGUUGUGUAGCAACGUCUUCCUUCUCCUUUUUAUUUUUUUUCUGUUAAACCUUUCUAACCCUACCCUGCAUUUAAUCAUUUGAAGAUAGACGAUCACAUAUUUAAGACAUAAACAUAAUUUAAAACAUAAACAGUAAAACAUUUUGGCUUCCUUUGUUCUUGAAGCUUACUUUCCCUCGAAAUACAGAGAUUACUCAUUAGGAACAAUUGGCGCACAGUCACCUGUGAUUUUUGUCAACAGAAUUCAACAAUUCACAUUAAGGGCUUCCUCGCCAUUCUGUGUUUCUAUAUUUUUCUCUAUUUUCCUAUGUGUUUCUCUCACUUUUGACAGUCUAGGCGUGCCUACUUUCAAUUGCCAAAAAGUGAUCUGAAACCAUGGCAGGAAACAAUUAGCAUACAUCUCUGUACAUAAUAUUUUCAUUGUCUGACAGUUAGUUAUGUCAAGAAAAUCCUAAUUUUAUUAAUCAUUCAAUUGUUUCAACUGCCAUGUCUUAAAUAAAUGAAGAUAAUUC